CAGAUACCUGAGGCCCUUCAGUCUGACGCACUUGAUCUGAUGCAUUACUUUGCUUUAUUAUUUUUUAAUUCAAGCUACAGAUAUUUCCCUCUCUGUUUCUCUCUAUAUACAAUCUAUACAUCACUCUCGUGUGUUGCUCUCCAGACAAGAGUUUCCUGAAGAGCGCAGGAAAAUAACGGGCUUCGUUUUAUUUCAUCCAGAACUCUUUCAGAAGCUCAGAAACAAUAAACGGAUCCGAGCGGAUCGAGGACUUGCGACAAUUAAAAUGCGUCGCAUCACACGGAACGGGGAUCUGGUGGCGGUGCUGCUGUUGUUGUUUUCGGCUGCGGUCGGCUUCGCUCAGGUGCUGGACCGAACACUCAUCAUGACCCACGAGAGGAGCUCCAUCGAGAGGACAUACGAGCUGACCAAAUACCUGGACCACCAGCUGAAGGAGAUCAGAGACACUUACCUGUCCUAUCUCGGCCCUCCGUUCAGCGAUCCCGGCUUCUCUCCUCCACGUCCCAACAGCUCCUCUCUGUCCGUGCCCAGCGCAGCCACGAGGGUGGACUUGUGGCGAGGACUGGAGAAUGGCGCCCGUCUGGCGCAGAACCAGCGGGCGUACAGCGUGCUCCUGUGUGCUGUGAGGGAGCUGGCGCGCUCCACCCUGUGUCCGUACCUCCAGAGCUCCCUCCUGCACUUCUGCUCCGGCCUCAGCGGGCUGCUUGGCUCCAUAUCCGGCCUGAUGAACGCCCUAGGCUACACCAACAUCCCGCCCUCCACACCUGCUCAAGGAUACGCCCCACUUCUGUCCUCACAGUUUCAGGACGAGAGCGAGAACAGCCCUGCUCCUCUGCGGAGCUACGAGCCUCGAGGCAUUCAGCCCGCCUCGGCCGAGAGAGAGGGAACGACUCGGGCGGAUCUCAAGCGGGACAGAGACAGGGGCAGGAGAGCAAGGAGAAAAGAAGAGGAGGGAGAGAAAGAGGAAGGGAUGGAGAGAUGGGGAAAACGGCGGCGACUAUUGAGUGUAGACGAAGAGAAGACGAUACAACUGAACAUGAACUACACCGCUUUAAAACUCGGAGAUGGAUACAGAAAGCAUCCCGUACUCUUCUCAUCGUCGUCUCUCCAACACCGUCGACCCGUUCGCUCCAUUCCCUCGUCUCCUCUCUCGCUCCUGUAUCAGUACGGUGGGCCGGUCGCCGAGGUGCACUCUUUGCUGGCGGCCCCCGUGUUGUCGUCCCAUCCCGCUCCGAAUGACUUCUCGCGGAAGGUGGAGGGAUUCUGGGUCCUGCGAGAGCUGCAGAGCUGGCUGUGGAGAUCGGCGAAAGACUUCACCAGACUGAAGAAGCGGCUGCGUGCUUGAGAACAAAGCCUCCGUUACGAAACCUAGCGAGCUGUCUUCUAACAAGGCAGUGAAAAAACGUUCAUUGCGAUAUAAAUUUGCAGCUGUGAGGUCUCCGAGGUAUUAUAAGUACUUUUUCAUAUUUAAAAACAGAAUCAGAAGUUCUCAGAAUGAGAGUAAUUAGCACUUUAAAACUCCUCCUACAGACGGUUUGACUAGAUUGUCUAUUUUCUAAAAAUGAGACUGUGUUGCCAGAUCCAGUUAUUUUAAGCAUCUUUAGGCUUGUCACUUUGUGUGACAUUUUAGGAACUUAAAAAGCUGGAAUAUGCAGGGUAGGGUUAGCGAUAUCUUCACCUUGAACUUAUUUUGGUUUAUUCUAUUUUUGGGGAGGUUUGUUUUUGUUUGCUUCUGUGGCAAUAUCUGGCAACACUGCCCUUAAACAGACAGUAAUAAUAGUAAUAUAAAAUAAGCCCAUAGAGAGCAUGUUAUACUGAAAGAAUACCACAUUCAAUAAGACAAACACAGUGAUCUUCUUGAUAUUAUCUGAAGCGCUAUUAUAAGCAGCAGCGUUUAACUCUAGUACACAGUAAGUUACUGCGAAAGAAUCUGCGUGGGGAGAUCAGCUCCAAGGUUUCGGCUCUGAGCAGAAGUGUGUGUGAAACUGACUGAUUCACGCUCUGUGGAUCUCAGAUGGUCACGCUUUGCACUAAAUCACCAAACAGAAGAGAGCCCGCCAGUACGUCACGGACGAAGGGAAGAGAGCGCUCUUUGAGAGAGCCAGACGUGAUUCAGCAGAAGGAAAGUGAAUCACGCUCGGCGUCGCGCAGUAGUGAAAGGGUCAACGUGGCAAAAGAGGAGGCAAUGUGGCAUAAUCAAAGAAACAAUGGAGAGUUUUUUGCUGCCUCACAAACUGAGUCAGAAAUGCCUCACUGACACUGACUCGUCUUUUUCCAGACACACACAAAUACACACCUACACAUUUGGAAAGGCAUGCACAAAUCUGAUGUUCAGAUGGCGUGUGUGCGAACAGAAAAAGACACAUAUGAAAGUGUAUGUCAUGUUUUCUGGAAACGUACAAUAGUAAUACCAUGAUAUUUUUAUAGAAACACUGAGUGCUAUGUAAAUACCAUGGUACAGUAUGUGAAUGAGGUCACAAUGUUGUACCAUAUUUCUCAAAGUACUAUGGCAUAUGUUUUUGGGCUAUAAAUGGCAAUGUAUAUAUCCUGUUAUAUAUGUCUAAAUACUGUAGUAUUACCAUGUUUUUUACCAUGGUAGCACCACACCAUGCCAAGCGACUCUACACAUGAAUGUGUGUGAGUUAUAUUGCAGAUGAGAGGGUGUUUCAAGUGUUUGUGUACAGUCUGUGCAGUGAUUUCUGUAUGUGUGCAUAUGUCUGUUGUAUUUAUUUAAAAUAUUUAUUUCUUUGGGGUACGGCUGUAUGAUGUCACUUCUUUUUUUGUUUUUGCAGAGAGUACAAAAGACUUUAAUGGCUACUCUAUGGGUGUGUGUGUGUGUGUGUGUGUGUGUGUGCUCUCACCCCUUGAGGACUGGGAGGAUAGCAAGAGUUUUAUUCGUCUGUCUGAGCCAAAUUUAUGACCAAUCCGUUCUUUCAUGUAAUCCCACAUCCUCUCUUCCCUCUCUCUCUCUCUCUCUCU